CUAGGUGCUGUGAAACCUUCGUGUAUCCAGGUUAGUUGGCCUAUUGACCUCUGCUUGUUCAUCUCGUAGACUAUAAAUAACCAAGUCUCCAUGCCUCGUCCGCAUCUACACACGCCCUUCCCAAGUCCCAACCGAACACACAGAGCACAGCAACAGCGGCCACCUGCCGCUCAGUGCGUGCCAUGACCAUGAAGCUGGAUGUCCCGGCGAGGCAGAAGAGCCAGGACGCAGAGCAGAACGGCAGGACAGCGGCCGCGGGCGUCCUCGGCAUUGACGAGCCGUGGAGCCAGCCGAAACUCCGUCACCCCGGCGACGCGCAGGCCGACGCCGACGCCCUGGUGCCGCCGCUCAACUUCGCCAUGGUCGACGACGGCAUCUUCCGCUCGGGCCUCCCGGACGCCGGCAGCUUCCGCUUCCUGCUCUCCCUCAAUCUGCGCUCCGUCGUGUACCUGUGCCCGGAGCCGUACCCGGAGGAGAACGCGCGGUUCCUGCAGCAGAACGGGAUCCAGCUUCACCAGUUCGGCAUCGAAGGGAGCAAGAGUGGUCCGGCAGUGCCGGAUGCCAUGGUGGUGCAGGAACCAUUCGUCUACAUCCCUGAAGAGAUCAUCCGAGAGGCGCUCAAAGUUAUUCUUGACGCAAGAAACCAGCCGGUGCUCAUCCACUGCAAGAGAGGCAAGCAUCGCACUGGCUGCGUCGUCGGGUGCCUGAGGAAGCUGCAGAAGUGGUGCCUGUCUUCGGUGUUCGACGAGUACCUGCACUUCGCGGCGGCGAAGGCGAGGAGCACUGACCAGAGGUUCAUGGAGCUGUUCGAUGCUUCGAGCUUGACGCACCUGGCGGCCUCAUAGUCACAGUAUUGAGCGCUGACCAGAGCGAGUGGCUCCCGACCGGUCCCGAUCCUGCAACCAUGCUGCAUCAAGCAAGCGAUUUUCCCCUGCUGUUUCCGAAGCAACUCGGCCGAGAAUAAUGCUGCUGGAACCAUGAGUGUGUCCGCGAGAAUUGAUAGGCAAUGGCCUUAGGUUUUGUUGUGUGAGUGCUGUGGUUGCUUCGUGUGCAACUGAUUUCAGAUUCUGAAUUGGUGAUGGCUGUGAUUGGUGAUGGCUGAACUCUGAACUGAAGAUGUUUCGACGCCCUGAAUCGAACGGCUGACAGAGUCGCAGACAGUGUCCGCGUUUUCAUAGGAAAUGGACGGCAGAUUCGCACUCCUGUGCCAAAUCCAAUGGACGACCAUCCUAAUCGGACCCAUAUAAAAAAAUGAACAAAACCGCGACGCCGCGAAAACCCUAGCUUGGUGCCGCCUCACCAGCUUGCCAAAUCUCUAACCCUAGGUGCAGCGGCGGAGAUGGCCCCCAAGCGCUCGGCUCCACCUCCGCCGCCUCCGCCCCCGGCUGCCUCCUCCGAGGAGACCGCCUCUGGUUCGGGCUCCGAGGAGGAGGAGGAGGAGGAGGAGGAGGAGGAGGAGGAUGAUUUGGAGACCGCCCACUCACCGCCUCCCGUCGCUCCCAAGAGCGUUGCUCCGCUGCCGCAGAAGGUCCAGGAACCCGAAGCGUCCGACGAGGAUGAGUAUGACGAUGAAGAUGACGAGCCGCAGAAGGUCCAGGAACCCGAAGCGUCCGAUGAGGAUGAAGACGACGAAGAGGAGGAUAUCGAAGAGGACGAGAAGGCCAACCACGUGGUCCCUUCUUCCGCCACCAAGAACCCGCCUCCGCCGCCGCAGACUGGCGAGGAUUCCGAGGCUUCCGACGAAGAAGAGGAUAGGGAGGCGGACGACGAGAUGCCGCAGACGAAGCCCGCUCCAAAUCAAGAGGUGGAGGCUAAGGGUGCAAAGCGGCCGAGCGCGCCGUUCCAGCGCACCUGGUCGAUUGACGACGACUUCCGCAUCCUGGAGGCCCUCGCUGCGCAACGCCUGGAGCACGGCGCGCUGCCUCAAACGGACGUGCUGGCCGACGCCCUCGCUGGCAAGCUCGACAAUAGUGGCUGCAGCCUCUCCGAUCUCAAGAGGAAGGUGAGGAGUUUGCAGAGCCGGUACGCCAAAGCGGUCAAGAAAGGCGCGCCACCGAGCAAGGAUCAGGAUCGCCGUCUCUUCGACCUCUGCAAGAACGUCUGGCCUUCUGUUAGCAAUGCCAAGCCUGUUACCAAGGCGGUUACCAAGGCGUCGGCUAACGGUGGUGCUGGGAGGGAGCCUGACGAGAUGUGUGAGCUGUACCCAUACCUUGCGGAGGAGGUGAGGGCGCUUCAGAGGGCACACCCAGGCUUGUUCAAGCGGGAGUUUGGGAUGAUCGAAGACAGCAAGGCCCGUACACUGGACGAGAGGAUCAAGAAGCAGAGGCGUGCACUGAUGAACCUACAUCUUCGUCGCCACGACCUGACCAAGGAAGUGACCAGGACGCUCAUGGACCUGGCUGAGUGAUGCAGUGGACUGAGCUGAGUAUCAUCUAAGAAUUCUAUUUUAUGGUAUUUAAGUGCACUGAUGAUCGAUUACCAGCAAAUGUUGUAUGACCUACUCAAGCAUGGUAGGUGAAUCUUGAUUUUGUUAUCUAUCUGGUGUCGAGUUUUUAGUUGUUCAUGGUGUCAGACAUGUUGCAGCGUCAGUGUUAAGUCAGGAAGUGCCUGAGUAUGCACCUGUUCAGUUAUUAUGUUUUGAUAUGGUUUCUCAAUUUCUUAGGAUAA